AUGGGAACCAGCAGCCAGGUGCGGCUGCUCCUCUGGAAAAACUGGACUGUCCGCAAGAGACAGAAGACGCGGCUCUUUAUGGAGAUUAUGUGGCCUGUGGUGCUAUUCAUUGGAUUGGUAUGGCUGAGAAAAGCAAAUCCCCUCUACCGCCAGCAUGAAUGUCAUUUUCCGAACAAAGCCAUGCCCUCCACUGGUAUCAUUCCCUGGAUCCAAGGGAUCUUCUGCAAUGCCAAUAACCCCUGUUUCCAGCACCCUACCCGUGGAGAGUCUCCAGGCCUUGUGUCCAACUACAACAACUCAAUACUAGCCCGGUUUUGGUCAGAUGCACAGGAGCUACUGUUUGACGAUCCUGAGUUCCUGAAGUUGGGACGGCUAUGGAGGGAACUAACAGCCAUGAGCAACUUCAUGGACAUCCUACGGACCAAUCCUGAACUGAUCUCAGGUCGAGGCGUGAAAGUGGAAGACAUCUUGAAGGAUGACGAAAGCCUCACUUCCUACCUGCUCAGAGAUGUUCCUCUCACUGACUCUGUGGUAUAUCAGCUGGUCAAUGCCCAGAUCAGACCUGAACAGUUUGCAUAUGGAGUUCCUGAUCUGAGGCUGAAGGACAUCGCCUGCAGUCAGACUCUCCUUGAGCGUUUCCUCAUUUUCCCCAGUCAUCGGGGCCUGUAUGCCGUGCGCAAUGCCAUGUGUAUCCUCACCCCAGAGCAACUUCAAACCAUUGAAGACAAAUUCUACACCAAUCUUGACUUCUUCAAACUUUUCCGCCUGCUCCCUCUAGUUCUUGAUAACUACUCGAAUGGACUCAACUUGCACUUCUGGACCCAACUUCUGCCUGCUGUCUCUGAGAAGCUGCGAUUGCUGUUUGACAGAAAUAGUUCAGAAGACCUGCUGCAGGUCGUCUCUCCACUGCUUCAGUCCCAAGAGACUCCAACUUUCAACCAACUCAUGGCUGCUACCUCCAGCUUGUUCUGUGGCUACACGGAAGGGGCUUUCUCCAGGGUCACCUCCUUCAACUGGUAUGAGGAUAAUAACUACAAAGCAUUCUUAGGCAUCAACAGCACACGGGGACAGGGGAAGUACAACUACGAUCACACAGCCACUCCAUUUUGUAAUGCCCUCAUGAAAGAUUUGGAGUCCAAUCCGGUCACAAGGAUCGUGUGGACUUCAGUCAAGCCGUUCCUGAUGGGCAAAAUCCUGUACGCCCCCGAUUCCCCUGCUGUCAGACAGAUCAUUAAAAAUGCAAACACCACCUUUGAAGAGUUAGAAAGACUAAGGAACAUGGGUCGAGCAUGGGAGGAGGUGGGCCCACAGGUGUGGAACUUCUUUCAGGAUGGUGUGCAGAUGAACAUGAUUCAGGACUCCAUCAGAAACCCCACGGUCAUGGAUUAUAUCAACAGAGGCCUUAAGGAUACUCCAUUCACGGGUCAACACAUCCUCAACUUCCUGUACAACGGCCCUGAGGAGGAUCGAGCCCAGGACAUGCCUAAAUUUGACUGGCGGAACAUCUUCAACCUGACUGACCAAGUUAUUCGCCUGAUAAACCAAUAUGGAGAGUGUCUAGUCCUUGACAAGUUCUCUGGCAUCUCUGAUGAGGAUCAGUUGACCUAUCGAGCACUGGACCUGCUAGGGGAGAGUAAGUUCUGGGCUGGGUUGGUCUUUGUGGACAUGUAUUCCUGGACUACUAAGGUGCCUCCUCAUGUCAAAUUCAAGAUCCGCAUGGACAUUGAUGUUGUAGAGCGAACCAACAAGAUCAAAGACAGAUAUUGGGACCCAGGGCCAAGAGCUGACCCCAUGGAUGACUUGCGGUAUGUUUGGGGGGGAUUUGCCUAUCUCCAGGACAUGAUAGAACAUGGAAUCAUAAAGACCCACACAGGAAAGGAAUGGCCCUUAGGAGUUUACCUGCAGCAGAUGCCAUAUCCUUGCUAUGUGGAUGACCUAUUCAUGCUAACUCUGAACCGCUGCUUUCCGAUCUUCAUGGUGCUGGCCUGGGUCUACUCUGUCUCCAUGACGGUUAAGAGCAUCGUGCUGGAAAAGGAGAUGAGGUUGAAAGAGACUUUGAAAGCAAUGGGUGUCACUAACCGAGUGCUCUGGUGCACAUGGUUCAUCGACACCUUCCUCAUGAUGGCCUCCAGCACAGCCCUGCUCACUCUUAUUGUCAUGGGAGGAAAAGUGUUGAACUAUAGCAAUCCCAUCAUCCUCUUCCUCUUCCUGCUUAUGUUCACCAUGGCAACCAUCAUGCAGUGCUUCCUCAUGAGUGUGUUCUUCAACAAAGCUAAUCUGGCAGCAGCUUGCAGUGGAAUCAUUUACUUCACUCUGUACCUACCACACAUAGUGUGCUUUGCCUGGCAGGACCGCAUUACCAAGGAUUUGAAAAUUAUGGCAAGUCUGAUGUCCCAGGUGGCGUUUGGUUUUGGGACAGAGUACUUGUCCCGUUAUGAGGAGCAGGGACUCGGCCUGCAGUGGGACAACAUCCAUACCAGCCUUCUGGAGGGGGACGAGUUCUCCUUUCUCAUCUCAAUUAUCAUGAUGGCAGUGGACACAGUCCUUUAUGCUGUUCUCGCAUGGUACCUCGAUACUGUCUUCCCAGGGCAGUAUGGUAUUGGUCGGCGCUUUUACUUUCCAGUCCAGCCAUCCUAUUGGUUAAACCGACCUGAGCCUCUAAAACAAGUCCCUGGAAAGCCAGCAGUGGAGAAACCUGCAUUUGAAAAUCUGGUGAACCACACUGAAGACCAGGCCAAGAACCACACAGCAGCUGAGGAACAGAAUGAGAAACCUCAGCCAGGAUCCUGCAAACAUGGAGAUAUACGGGAGAAACUAGAGAAAGAAAAAGAACAACAGAGGCUUGAUGAAGACGAGACCACCAAUAAGAGCAUGAGCACAGACUCAUCAGGGAGGCUCUUCUUCGAACCCGAACCAUCUAGUCUGGUGGUCGGAGUGUGUGUGGAGAACCUGUAUAAGAUGUUUAGUGGCAGCUCUAGACCUGCUGUGGAUGGCCUGAGUAUCACCUUCUACGAGGGUCAGAUCACAGCCUUCCUGGGUCACAACGGUGCAGGGAAAACGACUACUAUGUCUAUUCUCACUGGCAUGUUCCCUCCCACCUCUGGUACAGCCUUCAUUUAUGGGAAAGAUAUCCGCACGGACAUGGAUGCCAUCCGUAAAUCCCUGGGAAUGUGCCCCCAACAUAACAUUAUCUUUCACCAUAUGACAGUAGCAGAACACAUCCUGUUUUACUCUCUGCUGAAGGGUAGGCCAUUACCUGAGGCCCAGAUAGAAGUGGAAAACAUGCUGGAAGAUCUUGGUCUCCCUCACAAAAGAAAUGAGGAGGCACAAAAUCUGUCAGGUGGUAUGCAGAGGAAGCUUUCUGUUGCCAUGGCUUUUGUUGGUGGUGCCAAAGUGGUAUUUUUGGAUGAACCUACAUCUGGAGUGGACCCAUACUCCAGACGAUCCAUCUGGGAUUUACUGCUAAAAUACCGUGCAGGACGUACAGUCAUCUUAUCCACACAUCACAUGGAUGAAGCUGACCUGCUGAGCGACCGAGUGGCCAUCAUCUCUCAAGGCCGGCUGCACUGCUGUGGCUCUCCUCUCUUCCUGAAGAACUGUCUGGGUGCUGGUUUCUACCUCACACUGGUGCAACGCCUUAAAGAGGAGCCACCCCAUGUCAGAAAGGAGGGUCAGUGUGACUGUACCGAUGACUGUUUCUGUAAGUGUUCGCUCUGUAGAAAAUUUAAAGAGAGCAGCAAAGAGCAGACCAGAGUUUCGGAAAGACAGAUGGAAGGAGAUGUUCAGAGCAUCACAGCCCUUGUGCACCAUCAUGUUCCUGAGGCCAGGUUGAUUGAGGUCAUAGGGCAGGAGCUGACCUUUCUGUUGCCAAGUAGGGGCUUUAAACAUCGUUCUUACACCAGUCUGUUCAGAGAGCUGGAGGAGACGCUGGCAGAUAUUGGGCUGAGCAGCUUUGGAGUAUCAGAUGCAUCACUAGAGGAGAUCUUUCUGAAAGUCACAACUGAUGGAGAGGUGGCUUACAGCAAUGCUGUAUUUGACAUCAGAGCUCUGCAGCAGAAAUCACUUGUGUGUCUCUAUAGAGACACUGUCACAGUGAAUAAAGGAGAAGAGGCAGACAGAUCGGUGUAUGCUAACGGUCAGUCAAACUCUGGGAGUUCGAUCAGCAAAGAGGGCAGAGGAUCAGUGCAGGUGAAGGGAAUCUUUCUGGCCCUGAAACAGUUUUUCGCUUUGCUCAUCAAGAGGUUCCAUCACACCACACGUUCUGGCAAGGAUUUCCUCGCUCAGAUUGUGUUGCCUGCUAGUUUUGUGCUGGUUUCCCUGAUGUUUACGCUGAUUGUUCCUCCAUUCGGGGAAUAUCCCAGCCUUACGCUAAGCCCAUGGAUGUACGGCAGACAGUUCACCUUCUUCAGUAAUGAACAGAUGCAAAGUCCAGAAAUGAGGUAUUUUGGAGAAGUGCUAUUAAACAGACCUGGAUUUGGGACUCGCUGUAUGGUUAGCGAACCUUUAGAAAACUACCCAUGUAAUAACAUUACCACAGAGUGGGAAAUGCCCCUGGUGAGCCCAGCACUCAUAGACAUGCUGGCUGACUCAGAGUGGACGAACAUCAAACCGUCUCCCAGCUGCCAGUGCAGCACGCCCGACAAACUCACCAUGUUACCCGUGUGCCCAGAGGGUGCUGGAGGCCUUCCACCUCCCCAGAGGAUUCAAUCCACUGGUGAUGUAUUGCUGGAUCUGACUGGUAGAAAUAUCUCUGAUUACUUGGUAAAGACGUACACAAGUUUAAUAAGGACAAGCUUGAAGAGCAAAUACUGGGUGAAUGAGCAAAGGUAUGGUGGUAUCUCUGUUGGAGCUCGACUUCCUGUUUUAGAUGUGGAUCCUAAAACCAUUCAGAAUGCUGCUUCUCAAUUAGGACGUCUGCUUAAUGUUACAGGGGGCAGAUACUCAAAGCUCACUCUGAAGGAGUUUGGUACUUUCUUGAGGUAUAUGGAGACUGAAAACAAUGUCAAGGUGUGGUUCAACAACAAAGGCUGGCACGCUAUGGUGGCCUUCAUGAAUGUGGCGAAUAAUGCCAUUCUUCGAGCCAACCUGCCUCCUGGUGUCGACUUAAAUGAGUACGGCAUCACAGCUAUCAAUCACCCACUAAACCUGACCAAAGAACAGCUGUCGGAAGUCACAGUACUGACCACAUCAGUGGAUGCAGUGGUCGCCAUCUGCGUGAUCUUUGCCAUGUCAUUCGUACCGGCCAGUUUUGUACUGUAUCUAAUCCAAGAGAGAGUUACACAGGCCAAACACCUGCAGUUUGUGAGUGGAGUCAGCCCUCUGGUCUACUGGACUGCUUACUUCUUCUGGGACAUGAUAAACUAUGCUGUGAGUGCAGCGAUGGUCGUGGGGAUUUUCAUUGCAUUUGACAAAAAGUGCUACACCUCACCUGCCAAUUUGCAAGCUUUGAUAGCACUGCUGAUGCUUUAUGGCUGGUCUGUGACUCCCUUGAUGUAUCCGAUGUCAUAUGUGUUUAGCGUGCCCAGCACAGCGUACGUCUCUCUAUCCUGCAUCAACCUCUUCAUUGGCAUCAACAGCAGUGCCAUCACGUUUAUCUUAGACCUGUUCGACAGUACAGAGGCAUUGUACAAGUGUAACCAGCUGCUGAAAAAAGCUCUGCUCAUCUUUCCUCACUUCUGUUUGGGCCGUGGGCUCAUUGACAUGGCGAUGAACCAGGCUGUGAUGGACGUGUUUGCACGCUUUGGUGAGGACUUUAGUGUGGAUCCCUUUAGCUGGGACUUCGUGGGAAAGAAUGUGACGUUCAUGGCGGUGGAGGGGUUUGUCUAUUUCGUCCUAAACAUCCUGAUACAGUACCGAUUCUUCAUGGAUCACUGGAUGUCAGAUUAUAAGAAGCCUCCAAUAACUGAUGAAGAUGUGGAUGUGGCAAAGGAGAGGGAAAGGAUUUAUAAAGGUGGAAGUUCUAGUGACAUCCUCCAGAUAAAAGACCUAUCAAAGACAUAUUCUGGGACAAACAGACCAGCGGUAGACAGGAUAUGUGUGGGAGUGUCUCCAGGAGAGUGCUUUGGUCUUCUGGGUGUGAAUGGUGCUGGGAAAACGACCACGUUCAAAAUGUUGACUGGAGAUAUAGAUGUAACUUCAGGGGAAGCUGCUGUGGCUGGUUACAGCAUUCUGACCAACAUCCUGGACGUGCAUCAGAACAUGGGCUACUGUCCUCAGUUUGAUGCUAUAGAUGAUCUUCUGACAGGCAGAGAACACCUGCACCUGUAUGCUAGGCUCAGAGGAGUCCCGGAAUCUGAGAUCAGCAGAGUGGCUGAAUGGGGAAUCCAGAAGUUGGGUUUGUUUGAGUAUGCAGGCUGCAGUGCAGGCACUUACAGUGGAGGAAACAAGCGUAAACUCUCGACAGCUAUUGCUAUGAUUGGCUGUCCAGCUCUUCUGCUGCUGGAUGAGCCGACCACAGGUAUGGAUCCCCACUCUCGCAGAUUCCUCUGGAACUCCAUUAUGAGCGUGAUUAAAGAUGGCAGGGCGGUGGUGCUUACCUCUCACAGCAUGGAGGAAUGUGAGGCUCUCUGCACACGACUGGCCAUCAUGGUGAAUGGAACAUUCAAGUGUCUUGGCACCAUCCAACACCUCAAAUACAAAUUUGGUGAUGGGUAUGUGGUCACCAUGAAGAUCAGGGCAGCCAAAGCAGGCACGGUACCGGAUCUGAACCCUGCCGAAGCAUUUAUGGAGAGCACAUUUCCAGGCUGCAUUCAAAGGGAGAAACACUAUAAUACUCUACAGUAUGAGAUCGCCUCCUCCUCUCUGGCCAGAAUCUUCCAGUUUGUAUUGGCCAACAAAGACAGGCUGAAUAUCGAAGAUUACUCAGUCUCCCAGACAACACUGGACCAGGUUUUUGUGAAUUUUGCCAAGCAGCAGUCCGGAGAAGAUGACACCAUUGUGUUGCACCCGAGGGCUGCCGGUGCCCGACGAGACAUGAGGGUGUUUCCAGCUAAAACAAAAACUUGAAGAUGGUUGUUCUAUCAUGUCAAUUGGGGUGCAUCUGAAUGGAAUGCACAACGAAAGAUAUAAAGGAAGAGGAGAUUUUUUUAAUUAUUCAAACACUUUUGCAGUUGAGACUUCUGAUCGUCUAAGCUGCAACUGCUUUGCUUGGCCUUUUUUAGCAAUUAAACUAAAUCGACCACAACGAAAUACAGACAUUCAGUAACUGGACUGAAUUAAUAUUAUGAUAAUACUUUGUUAUAUCAGAAUCACUUUUUUUUUUUUUUUUUUUUUAAGAUUUUGUUUGUUUUAAAAACAAAUCAAAUGUUGCUAUAGGUUUUAUUGCAAAGGCUAUUGCUAUUUUUGAAAUGCAUAUUGCAUUACGUGGCACAUUGCUUGUCACGGCUUAGUAAUUCCUGCGAAGUAAAAUAAAAAAAAGUGUAGCUUGUUUACGAACAAUUUCUCGUAAAUGACUCUAUUAUAUAGCACCUCAAGUUAAGCACAAAAAUCUUGUUGAAAUUAUUAUAUAGGCCUAUAUGUUUUUGUAAAAAAUUAUAUAUAUUUGCCACAAAAUACUAUGAAAUCCGUAUAAUGUUAUUGCUUACGGUGCACCUCGACAAGAAUGAAAUAACAAAAGAAGUUAACAGUACAGUCAUCAAAACUGUCCUGACAUAUUUUAUUUUCAAUUAAUUUAAUGAUAUAUUACUCAAUGUAUGACCACUGCUACUUUUCAGCUUAGACCUGAGAACAGUGCAAUUUACAAUAAACCCUCUUUUUUUUAUAUGGUUAGGAAAAAUGUAUUAUGUAUAUCUGUGAUUUUAAUAGAUCCUCAACGUUCAAUAUUUUAAUGCAAAUGUUGUUUUAAAUUCCCUGAUGUAGCUCAGCAUCUCUCUGUUUCUAUUUUCUUUUAUGCUGAUUGCUGAAGUAGUCGGACACUUCUGCAGUCUGAAACCACAAAUUAAUUUCAGUCUACUCAUU